AUUUUACCCCAGUACAGUCCCACCAACCAUUUGACGUCUGACAUUAUUUUGACAUUUAAGUUUACGUAGAUAAUUUUAAUUUAUUCCGCAAUGGUUUAACCACUUCCCCCUUAUUUCAUGUUUCGCCUUAAGUUGCAAGUAACUAACAAUGGGACUGUACCAGUUGGAGGAACAGCCCCCCAUCGUCAAGGCCAUCUUCGCGGGCUGCGAGCCCGAGAAAUACAAAGAACUGAUUAAAUCGAAACAGGACGUAAACUGCCUUGAUAGCAAAAAGCGCACUCCUCUGCACGCGGCCGCGUUCACCGGCGACGCCGCAAUCGCCUCCGUCUUGCUCUCGAACGGGGCCCGAGUCAACGCGAAAGACACCAAGUGGCUGACGCCGCUCCACCAAGCCUGCUACAUCCGCUCAAGCGAGACAGUGUCCAUUCUGUUGAACAAUAACGCCGACGUCAACGCGCGAGACAAGCUCUGGCAGACGCCCCUGCACGUGGCGGCGGCCAACGGGGCGUACAAAUGCAUCGAGCAGUUGCUCAACCACGUGCCCAACCCCAACGUCACCGACAGAGGGGGGCGCACGGCCCUGCACCUCGCCGCCUACAGCGAAAUGGCCGAUUGCGUGGAACUCCUCAUUUCGGGGGGCUGUAUUGUCAACGCGUACGACAAGAAGGACUGCCGCCCCCUGCACCGGGCGGUGCAGGUGGGCAGCUUGAGCAUAAUCGAGCUGUUGUUAAAAUACAAAGCUGAGAUUAACGCUAAAGACAGGAACCAGUACACCCCCUUGCAUGUGGCGGCGGCCGGGGGCACAGACGCCGUGUGCCGCCUUUUGAUCAGUCACGGGGCUGACGUGAACGCGCAGAAUGUCUUCGGGAACACCCCCUUGCAUAUUGCGUGUCUCAACGGACACCAUUUGGUCUGCCAGGAGUUGAUCAACUCGGGGGCUGAUAUCGAAGCGGUGAAUUAUCGGGGGCAGACGCCCCUGCAUAUCGCUGCGGUUAGCACGAAUGGGGUUGAUUGCAUGAUGUUGUUAUUGACGCAAAAGGUUGAUAUUAAUAGGCAGAGUCUCGAUGGUAGGACUCCGCUACAUAUGACGGCAAUACAUGGGAGGUUUACGAGGAGUAAGAUUUUGAUUGACAAGGGGGCGACGAUUGAUUGUCCCGAUAAGAAUGAUUGUACCCCCUUGCAUAUUGCGGCGAGGUAUGGGCACGAUUUGUUGACCAAUACAUUGUUGUCUUAUGGGGCUAAUCCCUCACAGAGGGGCUACGAAGGGAGGCAGCCCCUUCAUAUGUGCUGUUUGGCCGGUUAUGUAGAGUGUUGCAGGAAGUUACUGCAAGCUGGGGUGGAUUUAAACGCUGUGGAUGAUUCGGGGAAAACGCCAACUCAUUGCGCAGCGUAUAAAGGUUCGGUGGAAUGUUUGGAUUUGCUUGUGAGCAACGGUGCCAAGUUUCAACUAAAAGACAACAUCGGCCGUCUUCCCUUGCACUAUGCCGCUUCCCAAGGCCACUACCAGUGUGUUUUCACACUUGUUGGUAUCGGAAGUUCGACAAAUGCUGUUGACAUGGAGGGCUGUACUCCCCUACACUUAGCCUGUGGUUACGACACCGAAGGCAAAUGCAUUGAAUACCUCCUAGAACACAAAUCCGAUCCUUUCGUCAAGGAUCGGCGUGGUUUCACCCCAAUUCAUUAUGCCUUGGCUGGAGGCAACAUAGCUGGAGUUAGCCGCCUGUUGGGAGUGAUUAACAAUUCGAUGAUUUUCCAAGAGCCAGACAUGCCCGAUGUGACUCCACUCCAUCUAGCGGCAAAACUGGGCAAUAUUAACGUAAUGCGUGCAAUUUUGAGUUACUACCACGACGUGAAUUUGCAAACUGAGCAGGGCUUGACGCCUUUGAUCCUCGCAGCGAGGGAGGGUCACGUGCAGUGCGUUAAUAUCCUGCUCAGAUUCGGUGCCAAAGUGGCUCUCUGUGAUAACGUUAACGGCAUGACGGCAGUGCAUUACAGUGCCAAAAAUGGCCAUUCGCAAUCUCUCACUUUGCUGUUACACAACAGCGAAGAUAAAAACGUGAUUGAUAUGCACGAUGGGUUCAAACGAACCGCUCUAAUGUUGGCGGUUUCGGGGAAUCACAUCGAGUGCGUUCAGACUCUGUUGAAGUGUGGAGCCGAUCCGAAUAUUGUCGAUGAUGAUAAACAUUCCUGUUUGUUUAGGGCUGUAGUUACAGGGCAGAACAGUAUGGUGCAAUUGUUAUUAUCAAAUAAUGCGAAAGCAGAUAGUUUGGAUAUUUAUGGGAAAAGUGUGCUACAUCUGGCGGCUGCUUGUGGUCAUCUUGUUUGCUUACAAACCAUUGUUGGUUAUCUGACCGAAAAAGAUACAGCGGUCUUGGAUAAUCAGCAGUGUUCAGCGUUGCAUUGGGCGUGCUAUAACGGCAACGCAAACUGCCUCGAAUUCCUGCUGGAAAACAACGUUUGCGAGAAAAUGGAAGGCAACCCAUUCUCAGCCGCUCAUUGUGCAGCAUUCGCAGGUUCGGAGCGUUGUUUAGAACUAUUAUUGCACAAAUUCGGACCGGAAAUAACGCAAUUGCGGGACACCCGAGACCGCACCCCUUUGCACAUCGCCGCCUUGCACGGACACGUCGAGUGCGCGAAAUUAAUCGUGGAAAAAGGGGGCGAUGUUAAGAGCUGCGAUGAGGACGGAAGGACGCCGCUAAUCGCAGCCGCGCAAUACGGACAAGUGGCUUUCGUUGAAUAUUUAUUGGGUUGCUCGGGGAUUGACAGGACGGCCAGUGACAAGCAGGGCAAUACGGCGCUGCAUUGGGCCUGCUAUCGCAAAUAUAACAACAUAGCGUUGUUGUUGCUCGAGAAUGAUGAUGUUGGGUUUGUUAAUCUUGCAAAUAAUGAUGGGAAAACGGCGCUUCAUUUGUCGUCCCGCAAUGGCUUGGUGGACGUGACUAGAGAACUGCUCCAAAAAGGGGCUUCCGUGUCGGCCGUUGACAACGAGGGCUUGACACCGGCCUUGUGCUGUGCCCCCAACAUGAACGUGGCUCAAUGUCUAGCUUUAAUUCUUGAGAAUUUGCCCGAAUUUCAGUUAUCCAAAGACGGUUUCAGACGCCAGUACAAUGGUCAUAGUACAGCCUUAGAUUUUCAUAUACAUUAUGAACAAUGAGGGUUUGUGAUCGAUGAUCUUUACACAUUUAUCACAAGUUGCUUUUUAUAUCGUAUUUUACCUCUUAAUGUCACUACCAAUUAGCUGCUGGUGAGGUGCUAUUUUUUACAACCAGUUGGAACCAGUGGCCAGUUUGUGUACUUAUUUUAACUCGUUUUAUAACUCAACUAGUCGCUUUUUUCUUUGUUAUAAGAAACAAAGUGUUCAAAUAACAAUUUUGGUAUGACUUGUAGUAUUUAUUGCAUUUUACAGUUUUUAAUAAAAUCAUCUCAAACGGG